UUAGCUCCCGCGCUAGAGAGAAACAUGUAUCGUUUCCGAUCACAGCUCUUCACGGGGAUUUCUGCUGCUGCCACCGCCCACUCGUACCCCCGCCGCUUCUCGCCUCUGUUGUUAGCCGAAGACUCGCCUCUUAGCCGCCCGCCGCACAGACGCACGAGUAAAAAGUGCAGCUCCAUCGGCUGAUCCUCGCUACGCUCCGAGUUUAGGCGGCACCGGGCGUCCCACGAUGCCGAAGAAUAAGAAGCGGAACGCUCCCCACCGCGGUGGCAGUGGUGGCAGCGGCUCAGGGGCAGCUGCAGCGACGGCGGCGACAGCAGGUGGCCAACAUCGAAACGUUCAACCUUUUAGUGAUGAGGAUGCAUCGAUUGAGACAAUGAGCCAUUGCAGUGGUUACAGCGAUCCUUCCAGUUUUGCUGAAGAUGGACCAGAAGUCCUUGAUGAGGAAGGAACUCAAGAAGACUUAGAGUAUAAAUUGAAGGGAUUCAUUGACUUGACCCUGGAUAAGAGUGCGAAGACCAGGCAAGCAGCUCUUGAAGGCAUUAAAAAUGCACUCGCUUCGAAAAUGCUUUCUGAAUUGAUUCUGGAACGAAGAAUGACUUUGACAGACAGCAUUGAGCGCUGCCUGAAGAAAGGUAAGAGUGAUGAGCAGCGUGCAGCUGCAGCAUUAGCAUCUGUUCUUUGUAUUCAAUUGGGCCCUGGAAUUGAAAGUGAAGAGGUUUUAAAAACUCUUGGACCAAUCCUAAAGAAAAUAAUUUGUGAUGGAACAGCUAGUAUCCAGGCUAGGCAAACAUGUGCAACUUGCUUUGGUGUUUGCUGUUUUAUUGCUACAGAAGACAUUACUGAGCUGUAUUCAACAUUGGAAUGUUUGGAAAAUGUCUUCACCAAGUCCUAUCUAAAAGAGAAAGACACUAAUGUUAUUUGCAACACCCCUAAUACAGGGCUUCAUAUCAGCUCGCUUCUUGCGUGGACAUUAUUAUUGACCAUAUGCCCAAUCAGUGAAGUGAAGAAAAAGCUCGAGAUGCAUUUCCAUAAACUUCCAAGCCUCCUCUCUUCUGAUGAUGUCAACAUGAGAAUAGCUGCUGGUGAAUCUUUGGCACUUAUGUUUGAAUUGGCCAGAGGGAUGGAGAGUGACUUCUUUUAUGAAGACAUGGAAUCUUUGACUCAGAUGCUUAGGGCUUUGGCUACAGAUGGAAACAAGCACCGUGCCAAAGUGGACAAGAGAAAGCAGCGGUCAGUGUUCAGAGACAUCCUGAGGGCAGUGGAGGAACGGGAUUUUCCAACAGAAACUGUUAAAUUUGGUCCUGAACGAAUGUAUAUUGAUUGCUGGGUCAAAAAACACACCUAUGACACCUUUAAGGAAGUUCUUGGAUCAGGGAUGCAGUAUCAUUUGCAGUCCAAUGAAUUCCUUCGUAAUGUAUUUGAGCUUGGACCCCCCGUGAUGCUUGAUGCUGCAACACUUAAAACAAUGAAGAUCUCUCGUUUUGAAAGGCACCUGUAUAACUCUGCAGCCUUCAAAGCUCGAACAAAAGCUCGAAGCAAAUGUCGAGAUAAGAGAGCAGAUGUUGGAGAAUUCUUCUAGAUUUUCAGCACUUAAAGACCACUUUCUAAUAUAUAUUUUUUUUAAUUUCUAAUGUAUUUAAACUAGAGACAGUUUUUAUCUUGGGUCAACAUAGAUAGCUUUUGUAGCAGCAGGGGUUAUAUUAUAAUUUAAUGUUGCAAUAUUGCAAAUGGUGAGUUCUGAUUAUUAAAUAUUCUCUGUAAAUCAUUAAACAUAAAUAAAGUGUAAUGUUUGGGCAUUUUCUAUUUAUGAGAGAACAAAAAUACAGUAUUUCACAAUGAGGAAAACUAUUACCCAAGGUUAAAUUUCUUGAUUGUGGUUGUCCAAAAAUAUUGAUUAUAAUGGUGUAAAUAUACGAGGCAUUUAACUUAAGAUGUUAGGCAAGUUCUGAAUACAGUUUUGGGAGCUAGUUCUUCUGGAAAAGCUGCUAUAUUUUAAUUUUUAAAUGGAACCUAAUUUAAUUUUGUCACUGGGAUCAACAGAAUUACACUACGAGACCUUACAGCUGCACUUAAAGGUCAUUCAGUCCAGCUGUUGGGAGUUCAUGAAGAAUUAGCAUACGCCAGAAAGGCUGCUAACCUUGACCUCUGAGGGUACUAACACAUUUUAUCUGCUAUAUUCUUGUAUUUUGAAAUAAAGAUUUUUCACAUAAGAAGUGCUUCUUUCCUAAUAGAAAUAGUUAUGAGUUUCAAGUAGAGUUCACAGUGACCAAUCUAGAUAGGGAGUGAGACAAAACUUGCUUUGUAUAUUUGGACGCAUAAGAAUAAAUGAAAAAAAUGUAGCCAUGUCACCGGGAGUAGUACUGUAGAAUAAUAGUGUAGUAUAUCAUUGGGAUUCUAGUUACUGAUUUCUUUGGUAUUAGUGUAGAAAACAGUAAUAAGAGGGCGGUUGAAGCAUGUACACUGUAGAGAAGAACCCAAGUCAGUGAAGGUGCUUCCCAAACUAGCGUUCUUCCUCUUUCUCCUCCUCAACACCUCCUGGGAGGUCUGAUGUGACCCCUCCCUGCACACGCGGUGGCCUGUGGAGUCUCUCUGCCUCUGGGAGUCUGCGUCCCAUCCCUCAGCUCCGGUGCCGGGGAAGACCACCUUGGAAUCCAGGAACUUGAGUCUGCGUGCUUUCACCUCCUUGUACUCCCAAGUAGCUUAGAACCUUGGAAAAGAGAUUGCAAGGAGUGUUUUUCCCCCGUAAAUCUUCAGUUGCCUGUAUGUAUAUACCUUUAAAUAAUGAGUUAUUAAAGUGAUCUAUGUACAUAGCUCAGUGGUGUUGCGAGGAUGGUAAGGGAGAACGCUCCUUGCUCUGUCCUUUUCUCGGGGGACAUUUCAGACUUGAGGUUUCUGCUAGUGCUUUGGCUUCAGACUUCUAAGUAAUAGUCUUAUGCUGCUUAUUUAUUAAUUUACUGUGUUUAGGCGUCUGACAGCUUCCCAUUUGAUACAUGAAGAUUUCUGCCUUUUUACUUUUUUCCCAUUCUCCAGUAUUUUUGCAUUAAAUUGGCAUCAUUGCAUUAUAGUGACCAAAUUUCUAUGUUCCUUCCUGAACUAGUUUACUGUGCUUCCAUUUCCAUUCUCAACAUUUGGUCUUGGUUUUACAUACACAUCACCACUGCUUCCAAAACAGCCCCAAAUAUGUAAAACUUAAAAUUAUUUUCAACUGGUCAAAGCUCAACCGCAUACUUAGUUGUUUCAGUCUAAACUAAUUGGUCUCAUUCAUGUAUACAGCUGUUUCCUGAGACUUCACCCUGUGAUUUGUUUUCCUCUCAUGUUGGGAGUCUGCGUUUCCUGGACCCUCUGUCUUUGUUACUAGAUUAUUUGCUAAAGUGGAACACUUCCUUCAAUAACUCCGGUGAUGGGUACAGGGGAGGUCAGUUACUUCUAAGAGUACUACACGUCUGAAAGGUAGCAUGGCUUGGUAUUUAAAUUUUAGCUAGAUCAUCAAAUUAAGAAUUUCGAAGGCAUUGCUCUAUUCUAAUUAAAGCAUUGUGAUGUGUAA